CCUCUAUUUUAAAUUGGCGGAGGUUUUUGAAAAAUGGCUUCACCUCCUAAUAAAUUGAAGAUUGAGGCGAACGGAUCUCGUUUAAGUAAACUCUUGAUAAAUAAAGGAACACAAGCUUUGAAAACAACAUUGCAGUUUAAUAUAAAUUUUCGCUCGUCAAACCUAAGCGAUGAACUUAAUAAACCCUCAAAUAAAAGUACAUUGGAAUCAUUAAGAAAAAGAAACGUCAUCAACAAAGAGCAAUGGAACCUUCUUUACCCAUCAACUGGUUUGCCAAACCUUCAAAACUUUGAUAUUUCAUUAUUGACUGUCUUACUGCGUAACAUAUGUGGUCUAACAGCGCCACAUGGUGGAUGGGAUAAUCUUCCUUUCAAUUCAGAUACUUCAAUCUCAGCAAACAUUGCAAGAAUAAAAUUUUAUCGAAACAAAGAGUACGGUCACAUAACUACAACUAGUGUAGAUGAUAGUGAGUUUGAGUAUUUGUGGAAUGAAAUCUCAAAAGCAUUGGUUGGUUUGGGUAUUCAACAAACUGAAAUAGAUGAAAUGAAGGAAGCUCCACUCACUCCUGAUGAAGUAAAUUAUACUGUUAUGUUAAAAGAAUGGUAUAAGAAAGAAGAGCAGUUAAUCGAUGUCACUGAAAAAACCCAAGAAGAUGUGAAAGUCAUAAAAAGAAAUGUUGCAGAAAUUAAACAAGAGAUGGCUACAAAAGCUGAUGUUGUUGGAGUAAAAGAAAUGAUACAGGGCGAAAUAUGUUCUGAUCUUAAGAAGCUUGGAAAGUGUAAUUUCAAAGGUCUUAUAGAAGAGCUUAACAAGAAAUACCUUGAAGGCACUAGACAAUGGUUAUUUGAAAAACUCGACACUUGGUUUAACGAUAGAAGUGAAGAUGCUUCUAAUGUCAUGAUUUUGAUUGCCGGUCCUGGCGUUGGUAAAAGUGUGUUUGCUGCUGAAGUGUGUCGACGAUAUUCUGAAAAGAAGAAACUUGCUGCUUCUCAUUUCUGCAGAUAUAAUAGAUCAGAUUAUAGAAAUCCUCGAAUUUUGAUAGAAUCAUUGGCUAGUAGCAUGAGUGAUACAAUAUCAAAUUUUAAAAGUAAACUGAAUGAAGAAUUACAGAGAAAUAAUUCCAAAGAAUCGAUCACCGAUAAAUUCCUUGUUUUAUUAAAUAAUCCAUUGCAAUCAUUGGAAGAUCAUGAACCAAUGCUUUUAGUUAUUGAUGCCUUAGAUGAAAGCCAAGUUGAUAACAAAAGUGAAUUGUUGGAAUUGAUUGCAGAAGAGUUUGACCGACUGCCUAAAUGGAUUAAAAUCUUCAUCACCAGUCGUCCAGAACUUCCUGUUCAAAAGGAGAUGAAAGACAUGAAUCCUGUGGAAAUUACAACUCGUCCUCGUGAUAAAAACAAUGAAGAAGACCUGCACAAGUAUUUGAGACAUCAGUUGAAGAGUAAUUUAUUCAUUGCUGACAGUUGGCACAAAGACAGUGAUGACAGUGAUGAUUCAUUUGACAGUGAUGACAGUGAUGUCUCAUUUGAAAUUGAUGACAGUGACUUCUUAUUUGACAUUGAUGACAGUGAUGACUCAUUUAACAUUAAUGACGAUGAUCGUGAUGAAAACAACGAAAAAGACCUGCACAAGUAUUUGAGACAUCAGUUCAGUGGUCGGGUGCAGAUAAAUCGCUACGUUCUUCGGUCAUUAGUUAAAAAAUGUGAGGGAUCAUUUCUUUAUGCGUAUUACGCACAACUGCAAUUUAAAGAAGAAAAUAUUAAGCUAACUGUCAAGAAUAUUGAGCAAUUGGUUCCUACUGGGUUGAGUAAAUUUUACAAAGAACAAUUCAAGAGAUUAAAUAAAUUAUUGAAAGGAAUAAUUUUAUCAACACACAAAACCGUUAUUUCCGAUAAAAACUUUACGGAAUGUCUUGAAGUGUUGGUGACUUAUCAAAGUUUUUUGCCUUUGUCUUUUCUUUUUCAAUGUUUAGGUUUUCCUGAUGACAUGAAGUUUAAAGAUCGUAUUAAAAUACAUGAAGUGCUAUCUCAAUUUUUUCCAAUUUACGAUGAUUAUUUGACCGUGUAUCACAAGUCUCUUAUUGAUUGGUUGAAAUCAGAUGGUUAUGAAGAGCAUGAGUUUACAGUUGAUCCAAAAAAUUGUCAUAGGUUCUUAUGGCAUGCUUGUGAAAAAGUGUUUAAACAAAUUAAGUUGAUGAAUAUUUUUGAAGAUCAGAUCAGCACUGCUAUGAUUAAAUAUGCUUUGGAGAAUGGAAUCUAUCAUAUGUCAAAAUGUGGCGAAAAUGUCGACUAUAGUUGGGCAGUAGAAGUCAAAGUGAUUUGUGCGAGAAUUAUGGGUAUGAAAGACAUUGACAUUAGGUCUGAAUUGUUUAAUAUCAUUAAACAACGACGUGCUUUCUUGAAAAAAGAUGUACUUGAGGAAGCACUAAUUUAUUUGCUUACGACACGGAAAUAUGAGUUUCCUAAUACCUUAAUUCAUUUACCAGCUAUUGCCAACAGAAUUCGUGGAAGUAGCGAAAAAAGAUUAUUGGCAAGGGAUUUAUUGAAACAAGGAAAGUUUUCUUGGUUUGAGGAUUUAGACUCAACAUAUUUGACAAACCAUCAUCAUUUGACUGUCUCCUUGCGUGCUAACGUUACAUCUCUUUGUGUGUCGUCCAAUGAAGAACUUCUUGCUGUAGGAUAUGAAAAUGGUCAAAUAUCUAUUUUUGAGCUUCCACAAUUUAAACAACGCUGCACUCUAGGCACUGCACUUGAUGAUUUAAGGUUGGAUAAGUGGUAUGAUGUAGACACAUUUUUAUCCCAGUAUGACAUCUAUGACUAUCCAACUAUAGAGAAAUCCAGUUUUAUACAAGGAAACAUCUGUUGUUGCUCGUUUUCAUCUACCGGAAAUAGAAUGGUAACUAGUGAUGGAUCUCCAGAAGUAAAGUUGUGGGACGUUAACAAUGGACGUUUGUUAUCAUGUUUACAGUCAGAUGAUGUCGUUAAUCGUUGCUCUUUCUUAGAUUCUGGUUUGUUUAUUACAGCAAGACAUCAUGAAAUUUCUUCUAAAGAAGUGUUCACUGCAUGGAAUUCAUUAACUUUGCGAAGAAUUGAUCGACGCUGCGUUGUUGAUUACCAAAAACUACAAUACACAGAUAAAUAUUCAGAGUUUUUUUUUUCAGAU